AUGGACAGACGAAGAAUCAACGGGCCCCCUGGGGGUACCAGCGUCCCAGUUUACUCAAAUUUAGAUGAUGAUGGCGCAGCGGACACUCGACGGAGACCCAAAAGAACUCGAACACCUGGUGCCCAGCGAAAAAUGUUUCUAAAAACAGGAGUUACCCCUUCAGCUUCUGGCUCGGCAUACUUAGAGUUUUCUAUUCCUAAAACACCACUAAAAGAGGUGGUACCAGGCCUAUCUUCACUGCUGACUUCCGGCCUUAAACUGACUUGCACUGUACAUGGUCCUCGCCCUCUACCUCGAUCAGCACCCUUUUCCCCUCAUAUCAUUCUCACAACUCACGUCAAAUUUGCGCCAUUUGCAACUCGAAAGCGUCGAGGGUAUUUACGAGAUGCUACUGAGAGAGACUUAAGUGUACAUUUGGAGACUGCGCUCCGAGGGGUGAUAAUUGGAGAUCGAUGGCCUAAAAGUGGGAUGGAAGUCAUCAUCACAAUCUUAGAAGGCGAAGAAGAUUAUUGGUGGGGAGAUUGUUUAAGACAAGGAGCAACCACGGUAGACGACUGGGGCAUGAUGAGUGUCCUCAGUGGCUGCAUUACUGUUGCCUCUGCUGCCAUUGCUGACGCUGGAAUUGACUGCCUCGACGUGGUAGCUGGUGGUAUUGCAGCUAUCGUAGAAGAUGAGCCGAACCUGCCUACCUUAGUUCUGGAUCCCGUACCUUCGGAGCACCAAAAUAUUCUAGCUGCUUGCGUCGUAGCGUAUUUUCCUUCACAAGACGAGAUAACAGAUCUCUGGGCUAAAGGUGAGAUGGGGUUUGAGAAUUCAAAUCUGUGUCGAGGAAUAUCAUUCGAGGAUCUCAUGGACAAUGCAGUUCAAGCAGCUCUGGGUUCUCAUCGGGUAUUAGUAGCUUCGUUAAAAGAGACAGCAGAAACCAAAAAGAAUAGGAUAUAA